ACCGAACAGCCCAGAGAAGCUGUCAGCCCAUGUGGCGUGGCCGGGGAGAGCAUGUCAGACAUUUAAAUGAAAUAGAGAAAGGGAUUCAUAGAAGCGAGAGAAAUUAGAAGGGCUUGGCAGGGAACGGAAGCAGGGACACACACUGACACAGGCAAGCGCACUCUCACCGACGGAAGAUAAGGGAUUUUCGAGGAACAUUUUGCUAACCGUUUCCUCACUAACAUUUCGCAAUCCUUUUGGUGUUUUCUACUCAUAUUAAAACACCUAACUACAGUAACCCUUCCUUCCCAGGAUGGAGGAGAUUGUUGUAGCAGGGAUAUCGGGCCGGCUUCCUGAGUCGGACAACCUGGAGGAAUUCUGGGAGAACCUCUUCAAUGGGGUUGACAUGGUAACAGAAGAUGACCGACGGUGGAAGCCAGGUCUGUACGGUCUUCCCAAGAGGAACGGCAAGCUGAAGGAUAUCAGCCGGUUCGAUGCUGCAUUCUUCGGGGUCCAUCCCAAACAGGCCCACACCAUGGACCCUCAGCUUCGCCUCAUGCUGGAGAUUGCCUACGAAGCCAUUGUAGACGGAGGUCUGAACCCGACAGAGCUGCGUGGCAGCAGGACAGGUGUUUACAUUGGGGUGAGCGGCUCGGAGGCGGGCGAGGCCUUCAGCAGAGACCCCGAGGAGUUGCUAGGAUACAGCAUGACGGGCUGCCAGCGUGCCAUGUUUGCCAACCGUCUGUCCUACUUCUUUGACUUCAACGGGCCUAGCACAGCAAUCGACACUGCCUGCUCCUCCAGCCUAUUGGCUUUGGAGAACGCCUUCAAUGCCAUUCGCCACGGACACUGUGACUCCGCCCUGGUGGGAGGGGUCAACCUGCUGCUCAAGCCAAACACCUCGGUGCAGUUCAUGAAGCUGGGCAUGCUCAGUCCGGACGGAACCUGCAAGUCCUUCGACUCCUCAGGAAACGGGUACUGUCGUUCAGAGGCUGCAGUGGCGGUGCUUUUGACCAGACGCUCCAUGGCUAAGAGGGUAUACGCCACGGUACUCAACGCUGGUAACAACACUGACGGAUACAAGGAGCAGGGUGUGACGUUCCCUUCAGGUGAGAUGCAGCAGAGGCUGGUACGUUCUCUCUACCAGGAGGUCAACAUCACCCCUGACCAGGUGGAGUACAUCGAGGCCCACGGCACCGGGACCAAGGUCGGCGACCCACAGGAAGUGAAUGGGAUUGUCAGUGUGUUCUGUCAAUCAAAGCGUAACCCGCUGCUCAUUGGGUCCACCAAGUCCAACAUGGGCCAUCCAGAGCCUGCCUCUGGCCUGUCUGCACUGGCCAAGGUCGCGUUGUCUCUGGAGCGAGGUGUGUGGGCUCCCAACAUCCACUACAACAGCCCCAACACCGACAUCCCUGCCCUUAGUGACGGCCGCCUCCGCGUCGUCAACGAGCCCAUACCAGUCCGCGGCGGCAUCGUUGGCAUCAACUCCUUCGGAUUUGGAGGCUCCAACGUUCAUGUGAUCCUCCGCCCCCCUGGUUUUGACACCCCAAAAAACAUCAAAGCGCCUCCCAAGAUCCCCUCUGAGUCCUCUCCAGUACCCAGGCUCCUCCAGGCCUGCGGGCGCACAGAGGCGGCUGUCUCCACCCUCCUCAGCAAGGGGAAGGAACACUCGGGCAAUGACAACUUCCUGUGUCUGCUGAACGAGGUGUCUGGGGUGCCCACAGCGGGGAUGCCCUACAGGGGCUACGCUCUGAUUGGCUCCAAGGAUGAUGUCACAGAGGUGCAGAAGACUGAGGCCACGCCCAGACCACUGUGGUACGUCUGCUCAGGUAUGGGCACCCAGUGGGGUGGGAUGGGGCGCAGUCUGAUGCAGCUGCCAGACUUUCAGAAGUCCAUCUUGCGUUCGGACAUAGCAUUGAAGGACACAGGGAUGUGUGUGUCCAGUCUGCUCAUGGAGGCUGAUGAGAGCACCUUCGAGGACACCGUCCAAGCCUUCGUAGGCCUCGCUGCCAUACAGAUCGCCCAGAUUGACCUGCUCCAGAAGCUGGGUCUGCAGCCAGAUGGCAUUGUGGGCCACAGUGUGGGAGAGCUGGCCUGUGGCUAUGCAGACGGAUCCCUCAGUCACAGUGAGGCUAUCCUGGCAGCAUACUGGAGAGGGAGGUCCAUUAACGAGGCUAACCUGCCCCCUGGUGGCAUGGCUGCAGUCGGUCUGACCUGGGCAGAGUGUAAGGCACAAUGUCCCCAGGGUGUGGUUCCAGCCUGUCACAACGCUGAAGACACCGUCACCAUCUCUGGCCCUGCGGAGGCAGUGAGUAGGUUUGUAUCAGAGCUGAAGGAGAGUGGUGUGUUUGCCAAGGAGGUUCGUAGUGCUGGUGUAGCCUUCCAUUCUUACUACAUGGCCUCCAUCGCUCCCUCCCUGCUGGCUGCUCUCAAGAGGGUGAUCAAGGAGCCUAAGCAGAGGUCUGCCAGGUGGAUCAGUACAUCUAUCCCCCAGAAGGACUGGAACAGCCCGCUGGCUCUGUACUCCUCAGCAGAGUACCAUUGUAAUAACCUGGUCAGCCCUGUCCUCUUCCAGGAGGGCCUGAGCCUGGUGCCUGAUAACGCUGUGGUUGUGGAGAUAGCACCACACGCUCUGCUGCAGGCGAUCCUGAAGCGCAGCCUGAAACCCACGUGUUCCAUCCUGCCCUUGAUGAGGAGAGGCCAUGCCAACAACCUGGAGUUCUUCCUCUCUCACAUUGGCAAGGUCUACAUGAACGGGAUCAACGUGGACUGUAAGCAGCUGUACCCGCCCGUGGAGUACCCGGUGCCCGCGGGCACCCCUCUGAUCUCCCCCCUGGUGCAGUGGGACCACACCCAGACCUGGGAUGUACCCAAGGCUGAAGACUUCCCUGCUGGUUCUGGAGGGUCCACCUCAGCUACCAUCUAUAACAUUGACAUGAACCCAGAGUCUCCAGACUACUAUAUGAUUGGCCACUGCAUCGAUGGGCGUGUCUUGUACCCGGCCACAGGUUACCUGGUGCUAGCCUGGAGGACUCUGGUGAGGAGCCUGGGAGUUGUCAUGGAAACCACCCCUGUCAACUUCGAGGACGUCACCAUCCACAGGGCCACCAUCUUACCCAAGACUGGUGAGAAAGGGAUGGAUGAAGGCAGGGGAGGUUCAGUCCAGUUGGAGGUGCGUGUCAUGCCCGCCACCAGUCGGUUUGAGGUGUCUGAGAACGGCAACCUGGCUGUCAGUGGCAAGGUGAGCAUUCUGGAGGACUCUGCUCUAGACUCAUUUUGCUCUCAGAUCGGUAAGCCUGUCGCCGGGGACGACGGUGACCCCGAACUGCGCCUGACGGCCCAUGACAUCUACAAGGAGCUCCGUCUCCGCGGUUACGACUAUGGCAAGACCUUCCAGGGCAUCCUGGAGUCCAACAAUGCAGGUGACAGUGGGAAGCUGCAGUGGACCGGUAACUGGGUGACCUUCCUGGACACCAUGCUGCAGAUGAUCGUGGUUGGCCUAUCAGGACGCAGCCUUCGCCUACCCACGCGGAUCCGCUCUGUGUGUGUGGACCCCAACAUCCACCAGGAGAGGGUCACUGACUACGCAGAGGGGAAGAAAGCGGUGGACGUCCACGUCAGCCGUUGCCUUGACAACAUUGUGGCGGGCGGAGUCCAGAUCUGCGGCCUGCACGCCACGGUAGCACCGCGUCGUCAGCAGCAACAGAGCCCGCCCACCCUGGAGGAAUUUGUGUUCGUUUCCUACCUGGAGACAGAAUGCCUGUCAGCCAAUGACAAACUAGGAGACCAACUAAAGAACUGUAAAGGUCUGAUCCACAAGCUGCAGAAGAAGCUGGCUCCUCAGGGCGUCAAGCUCUCCAUCCCUGGUCUAGAGGGGGUGUCUGGCCCUGCUGUACCCAGCCCAGAGCCCUCUGAGCCUGGCUUGCUGCGGCUGCUGUCUCUGCUGUGCGGUCUGGAGCUGAACGGUAACCUGCGGUCAGAGCUGGAGCAGACUGUUGAGAAGGAGAGGGCUUGUCUCCUCCAGGACACCCUGCUACAUGGCCUGCUGGACGGCCCAGCCCUCAGACACUGCCUGGACACAGCCCUGGAGAACUCUACCCCCGGGAAGAUCAAAGUCCUGGAGGCUCUCUCCAGCGACGGUCGUCUCUUCUCCCGCGCCGUGCCCCUCCUCAACAUCCAGCCAAUGCUCCGCCUUGACUAUGUUGCAACAGCAAUGACCCUCGACCUCCUGACCCCCCAUCAGACCACCCUGGACGCCCUGGGAGUCACAGCGGCACAGUGGGACCCCCACCAGGGCCCCGUGCCCGGGGGAGAAGUCGGAGGGGCUGACCUGGUGGUGUGUAAUCACGCCUGGGGGCCCCUGGGAGUGGGGGCAGAGGUGGUGGUAGAGAACCUGGCCUCUGGGGCCAAAGAAGGGGGCUUUGUGAUGCUCCACACCCUAUUGAAGGGAGAGACUCUGGCGGAGACGGUGGCCUUCCUCACCUCCAAGGACAGCAAGACCAAUCAUCAGAGACUGUUCUCGCAGGCUGAGUGGGAGAAGUUGUUCUCUGAUGCGUCUCUCAAAUUGGUGGCUGUUAAGAAGUCCUUCUAUGGCUCUGCCCUAUUCCUGUGUCGCCGUCGGUUACCCAGCAAACAGCCCAUCUUCCUGCCUGUUGACAGCAUGGACUACCAGUGGGUGGACACACUCAAGGUGACGCUGGCUGAGCCCUCGGACUCUCCGGUCUGGCUGACUGCUACCCAGACCCACUCUGGGGUGGUGGGCAUGGUCAACUGUCUACGCCAGGAGCCUGGUGGCAACCGCAUACGGUGUGCAUUUGUGUCCAACCUGUGUGAGUCCACUGUGGCGCCCACCCUGCAGCCUACCCAUAGUUCCAUGAGGUCUGUGCUGGAGGGAGACCUGUGUAUGAACGUGUUCAGGGAUGGACACUGGGGAAUGUUCAGACACCAGCUCAUCUCUCAGGAUCUGAGUGAGGAGUUGACAGAGCAGGCGUACGUUAACGUGUUGACCCGCGGUGACCUCUCCUCCCUGCGUUGGAUCGCCUCGCCCCUCCGUCAUUUUGUGGCGAGCAGCCCCCACGUGCAGCUGUGUCGGGUCUACUACAGCUCCCUCAACUUCAGAGACAUCAUGCUGGCCACCGGGAAACUGCCACCGGACGCCAUCCCAGGUGACCUGGCCCUGCAGCAGUGCAUGUUGGGUAUGGAGUUCUCAGGUCGUGACCCCAGCGGUAGGCGUGUGAUGGGGCUGUUGCCUGCUAAAGGCCUGGCCACUUGCGUCGACGCUGACACACGCUUCCUCUGGGACGUCCCAGACAGCUGGACCCUGGAGCAGGCUGCAUCGGUGCCAGUGGUCUAUUCUACAGCCUACUACUCGCUGGUGGUGCGAGGCAGGCUCCGCCCAGGCGAGAGUGUUCUCAUCCACUCAGGGUCAGGGGGCGUUGGCCAGGCUGCCAUCGCCAUUGCACUCAGUCAGCACUGUAGGGUUUUCACUACUGUUGGUUCAGCAGAGAAGCGUGCCUACCUACAGGAGCGUUUCCCCCAGCUCACCGCUGAGUCCUUCGCCAACUCUAGAGACGCCACCUUCGAACAGCACGUCCUGCUACACACACAGGGAAAAGGAGUGAACAUGGUGUUAAACUCCCUGGCUGAGGAGAAACUGCAGGCCAGUCUUCGCUGUCUGGCCCGACACGGACGCUUCCUGGAGAUCGGCAAAUACGACCUGUCCAACAACUCCCCUCUGGGAAUGGCUCUCUUCCUGAAGAACGUGGCGUUCCACGGAAUCCUACUGGACGCCCUGUUUGAGGAGGGGAACCGGGAGUGGGAGGAGGUGUCCCAGCUGCUGAAGGAGGGCAUUGUGGGAGGUGUAGUCAAGCCCCUGAGGACUACAGUGUUUGAGAGAGACCAGGUGGAGGAGGCCUUCAGAUACAUGGCCCAGGGAAAACACAUCGGCAAAGUACAGCUGCAGGUGCGUUCUGAGGAGAUGGGUAAUGGUACCCAGGCGGUGGGCUCGCUCCUCUCCCUCCCCGCCAUCUGCCGUACCUUCUGCCCCGCCUCCCACUCUUACAUCAUCACCGGGGGACUGGGUGGCUUCGGACUGGAGCUCGCCCAUUGGCUGACGGAGAGGGGCGCCCGCAAACUGGUGCUCACCUCCAGAUCGGGCAUCCGCAACGGUUACCAGGCCAAGCGUGUGCGUGAGUGGCAGGGGAUGGGCGUGCAGGUGCUGGUGUCCACCAGUGACGUCAGCACCCAGGAGGGGGCAGAGCAACUCAUUAACGAGGCCUGCAGGUUGGGGCCUGUGGGAGGAGUCUUUCACCUUGCCAUGGUGUUGAAGGAUGGUAUGCUAGAGAAUCUGACACCUCAGCUAUUCAUGGAUGUCAACAAACCCAAAUACAACGGCACCCUCCACCUAGACAAUGUGACCAGAAAGAUGUGUCCAGACCUCAGUUACUUCGUAGCCUUCUCCUCUGUGAGCUGCGGCCGCGGCAACGCCGGCCAGAGUAACUAUGGUUACGCCAACUCCGCCAUGGAGCGCGUGUGUGAGCAGCGGCUCCACGACGGCCUGCCUGGAUUGGCUGUCCAGUGGGGCGCCAUUGGUGACGUGGGCGUUGUCCUGGAGACCAUGGGCGGUAAUGACGUGGUGGUGGGUGGGACUCUUCCGCAGCGCAUCACUUCCUGUUUGGAGGUGCUGGACCGCUUCCUGUGCGAGCGUCGUCCGGUGAUGUCGAGCUUCGUGCUGGCAGAAAGGAGCGUGGUGAAGAGCGAAGGAACCGGACAGAGAGACCUGGUGGAGGCUGUUGCUCAUAUACUGGGUGUACGUGAUGUCAGCAGCCUGAACGCUGACGCCUCAUUGGCUGAUCUGGGUCUGGACUCUCUUAUGGGCGUGGAAGUGCGUCAGACACUGGAGCGCGACUACGACAUUGUCAUGGCGAUGAGGGAGAUCCGACAGCUCACCAUCAACAAGCUCAGAGAGCUGUCUAGCCAACCGGCAGGAACAGCAGAGUCCCGUCAGUCUCCAGUGAAGAAGGGAGGAGUGCGUUCUCUGUUGGAGUCGGACCUCAGUUUGAUGCUGGUCAACCCAGACAGCCCCACGGUCUCACGUCUCAAUGAGGUGCAGAGUGUUGAGCGCCCGCUGUUCCUGGUCCACCCUAUAGAGGGCUCCAUCGCUGCCUUCCGAACGCUCAGCGCCAAGCUCAGUGUUCCCUGCUACGGCCUGCAGUGCACUAAAGCUGCUCCUUUGGACAGUAUCCAGUCUCUGGCUGCAUACUAUGUGGAGUGUAUAUGUCAGGUGCAAUCAGAGGGUCCGUACCGGAUCGCCGGAUACUCCUUUGGAGCCUGCGUGGCGUUUGAGAUGUGUUCUCAGCUGCAGGCACAGGGUAGGGCCGUAGAGUACCUCUUCCUCUUUGACGGAUCACACUCCUACGUCGCCGCUUACACACAGAGCUACAAAUCCAAGCUGACCCCUGGUAAUGAGUCAGAGGCAGAGACUGAAGCUAUGUGUGCCUUCAUCCAGCAGUUUACUGGCAUCGAGUACAGCAAGUUGUUGGAGACCCUCCUCCCUCUGUCUGAUCUGAAAGCCCGUGUCAACAUGGCGGUGGACCUCAUCACCUCCAGCCAUAAGAACGUCAGUAAAGACUCCCUGCGAUUCGCCGCCGCCACAUUCUACUACAAACUCAAGGCUGCCGACGGUUACGUCCCGGCAACCAAAUACCAUGGCAACGUCACCCUGCUCCGCGCUAAGGCCAGCAGCGACUAUGGAGACAACUUGGGGGCCGACUACAAACUGAACGAGGUGUGUGAUGGUAAGGUGUCGGUUCACGUCAUCGAGGGAGACCACCGCAGCUUCCUGGAAGGAGAGGGGGUUGAGUCUAUCAGCAGCAUCAUCCACAGCUCAUUGGCCGAGCCACGCAUUAGUGCCCGAGAGGGUUAGACCAGUCCCACCCAUUCCCAGCCUUCUCCCCCAAUAGCAUCAACUUCUCCUAUCAUCAAAUCUAAACCCCAUUGAUCAAUACAUAUAAUGGACACAAUCCCCCACCAAUUAAAGCUCGUCUCGCUGCACAGGGUAUGUUCCCAUGGGAACAAAUCGUGCUGUAUGUUAUGCUACCAAUAAGCUCCUCUCUUUUAUUUAUUUUUUACCCUGUCUCUUUAUCAUGUUUGGAACGGUAGAAUACAUGUCCAUACUGAUAAUCCUGCUACAACUGGAAACACGCUGGCUCAACCCAAUAGCUAGCCUAGCAUGUGAGCCUGGCUGUGUUGCCAACUGACCAAUGACUAGAUAACCUACCUAGCUGCUGUGUUAUGAUACUGCUAAACGGUGUGUCGUUACCUUGAUGAUAAAGCGGUGUGGGUGGACCCUUUUUAUCUACUCACGGUGUGUGUGUUUGUGCGUGUAUUUGCAUGUUUUAUCUUAUGCCAAACCCUAGCAGUGCCCUAAUGAUGCAGACAUAGGUAUGUUCCACCUGGACGUAGCCUCCUGUCUCUUUCACAUGUCUAACACCUGUUCAAGCACUGUACCUGUUACCAAGUGUGACGUUGACAUUGUUACAUGGUUGUCUUGUGUUUUAUUCUGUUUGUUUUGCAUCAGGGUUUGUUUACCAGAUUUGGUCAGAAGUUAAGUUAUGAUCCCUAUUUUAGUAGAUUUUGAUGUGUUUUGUUGCCUUGCAGAGAUGGUGACUGUUGUAGUAUUGUUACACUGGUCUACUUAAGGUAGGUUCACACAGUGACAUGCAUAAGACUCCUCGUCUUGAGAACUAAAGGUGUUACGGUCGCUACAAGGAAAUGGAUCAAGUGUUUGACUGAUGCCAUAUUUGAUCAGUUAAUGACUUUAUUACCUAUUCAGCUGUUUCCUAGACUCCAUGUCUUCCCAGUUAAGAACUGAACCUUUUGAAAACAACAGUAUUCUUCUGGGUUGAGAUUUGUGUGUGUUUUCUUUCCUGUGUGAGUACACCUUUUUAAGAGGACUGAUUAGAUAUCUACAGUUCACGUUUCUAUGAUGUCGGGUUAUUUGACAGAAGAAAAAGUCAUUUAAAUUGCUGCUGUUUAAAAAUGUAUGAUGUUCUAUGUGACUACAAUGGAUUACUGAAUUAACAUUGUCUUUUCCCUUAAAUGGGAAGACAUUUUCCAACAUUCCUGAAAUAUUGUUACACAAGACUCAUUUUAAAUAUUUGAAUAUUACUGCUGUCAACCUGCAAUGCUUCAAAACUCUUUGGCACUUAUUUGAAAAGAAAUUGAGCAAUAGUCCGGUAUUUGGGUAGUGCCAUACAAGUGAUGUCCUGCUAAACCUAUGGUUGUGUUCGCUAGGGCACAACGUAGCAAAAUGCUUUGCAACUGAAGAUGAGCGUUCAUUUUUGGUGCCCACUGAACAUGACCAGAUUUGACUGUCUCACUGAAAGAGUCGUAGUUUGUCCAAGCUUCCAUUUUGUUUGUAAUGUGGAGUCAUUGAUCUGAAGAACGGGCCUUGUUGAGGAGUAGGUGGAAUUGACCCCUAACCACUAGUCCAGAAACAGGUAUUUUACUGUCCUCCCGUUAGGACUGUUGGGAGGGUAAUCUGAUCCUAUUGUACAUCUGUGGUUACAAGGCAACUUUAGACCUCUAUCUUGUUUUUGACUCCCAUGAUCUUUGCUGUCCUCUAAGACCUUGGGUCCAAUCCCAGAAUGCAACAGACUGACCUGACUUCUGAGACUUCUAAUCAGGUCUAUGAAGAGUCGGGUGACUGUAAUUUGAACCCUGUGAUUGGCUGCAGUAAAAAGGAGGAGGAAAUUGACGGUGUGCUCCUCUAGUUGUAUUUAUUGUAUUAGUCCAAAUAAAGAACUCUCACUAACA